CCCUCCUCUCCCCGGGCAUCUACCUCUCUUUUCCCCUCUCCCUCCCAUUCCCAUUCCCAGACCCCUCCUAACCUGUGCCUAGAGCGCCAGAGACCCCAGCCUCCCAGUCCCCCACCACCCUCCUUGUUGCUUUUGGUCUUCCUGGCCCAGCUUGGAACUUCCCACCUCGGGAUUGGGAAUCCUGCUCACAAAGCCGGGCUAGCUCGGGCUGCAGCCAGGACACAUGUCCAGGACCCGAGGCUGAGCGGCUGUGCCUUCCUCACGUACUGCGCCAGGGACUCUGCCAUCAAAGCUCAGACGGCCUUGCACGAGCAGAAGACCCUGCCAGGGAUGGCGCGGCCGAUCCAGGUGAAACCGGCAGACAGUGAGAACCGUGGAGGUAGGGACCGGAAGCUGUUCGUGGGCAUGCUCAACAAGCAGCAGUCGGAGGAAGACGUGCUCAGGCUCUUCCAGCCCUUUGGCGUUAUAGACGAGUGCACAGUGCUGCGAGGACCCGAUGGCAGCAGCAAAGGCUGUGCCUUCGUGAAGUUCUCUUCCCACACAGAGGCCCAGGCUGCCAUCCACGCCUUACAUGGCAGCCAGACAAUGCCGGGAGCUUCCUCCAGCCUGGUGGUCAAAUUUGCCGACACGGACAAAGAGCGGACACUACGGCGUAUGCAGCAGAUGGUUGGCCAGCUGGGCAUCCUGACACCAUCCCUCACCCUGCCCUUCAGCCCCUACAGUGCCUACGCCCAGGCUCUCAUGCAGCAACAGACAACAGUGUUGUCCACCUCUGGCAGCUACCUGAGCCCCGGUGUGGCCUUCCCUCCCUGCCACAUUCAGCAGAUCGGCACUGUCAGCCUUAAUGGUCUGCCUGCUACACCCAUCGCGCCUGCCUCUGGGCUACACUCACCCCCACUGCUGGGCACUGCCGCCGUCCCUGGCCUGAUGACGUCCAUUCCCAGUGGCUUCCCAGGUGUUCUGCCCUUUCCCGGGAGCCACCCUGCCCUGGAGACCGUGUAUGCCAAUGGCCUUGUGCCCUACCCAGCUCAGAGCCCCACUGUGGCAGAGACCCUCCAUCCUGCCUUCUCUGGAGUCCAGCAGUACACAGCCAUGUAUCCCACCGCGGCCAUCGCGCCCGUGGCACACAGCGUUCCGCAGCCUCCGCACCUCCUGCAGCAGCAGCGUGAAGGUCCCGAAGGCUGUAACCUGUUUAUCUACCACCUCCCCCAGGAGUUUGGAGACACGGAGCUGACCCAGAUGUUCCUCCCCUUCGGCAAUAUCAUCUCCUCCAAGGUGUUUAUGGAUCGGGCUACCAACCAGAGCAAGUGUUUCGGAUUCGUGAGCUUUGACCACCCAGCCAGCGCGCAGGCGGCCAUCCAGGCCAUGAACGGCUUUCAGAUUGGUAUGAAGAGGCUGAAGGUGCAGCUGAAGAGACCCAAAGACCCAGGACACCCGUACUGACCACGCCCACAGCCCCUCCGCGCUGUGGGCGUGGCCCCAGGUGAGCCGCCAGGCGGCCCCGUGCUCCGCCCAGCCCUGGCGUCAUUCAACCCUCCUCCCAUCCCAAGCUUACUCUCCAAACCCUGGGGGCGGGAGUGACACUCCAAAAGGCCAACUGAGGGUUCAAACCCUCCCCCAUCACCUGUGGCUUGGGUGGCAGAGAGGGUGGGAUUAGGGUGGGGAAGCUAGGGUGAGAGAAAGUUAGGAGGUUCCACACAGGUGACUUCCUUCCCAGGGAAAGUUUUGAAGGAUGAAUAGGAGUUCACUUUAGUGAACUGGUUUGGGGCUUGUGGUCUGGGGUGCAGGAUGUGAUGGGCGGGGCUCCUAUCCCAUCCUGUGAAGCUGUUCCCCCAGCCGAGAAGCCCGAAUCCAGAGAAGGACGUGCCGCACACACACCCAGCUCUGUGUCCCUACAGUUGAACUUGGAAUGCCCAGUUAAGCAUGGCCCAGGACUGAAGCAGAGGAGAUGGGGACACAUCAUAGCCUUGUGGUCCCCCACCUCUGUCCCCACCAGCUCUCAAGGACCCUGAGAGUCCUGACUUCUAAUAUCAUGCCCAGUGGGUUAACAAAACCCAGAGUGCCGGUUAUAAUCUCACAAAACAAACGACACAAAACCAAAUACCCAAACAAGCAAGCAAAAAAAACCCCAAAAGUCAAUUUCCCCUCAACAUUCUCAGCACUUUCUUUGGGACUGGACUGAUUUUAAAAGGUGAACACAACUGCACAAUGGCGGCGCCGUGGAGGUGACAG